AACAUUGAGGUGUGCCAACUAUCCACAGCAUCGGGGCUGCUUUUGCAGCCACGGAAAUAGGCAUGGUUUUGUACGAUGGCGCCCCACUUUUUUAGCUGGCGAAAUGCAUGCCAUCGAUCAGUGUUUUCUCCAUCUGUUGUAUUGUAUUAGUGUGCAUCUAGAUGCCCGUUCUUGCUCCCUCCGUCCCCUUCCUUCCCCUUCCCUUGUUCGCUCACUGCCCCCUGUGCUGCUGGUCCUCUACCUCUAUCGUAGUUGAUGGCGGUGCGGGAAGAGAUGUGGGCCCAGGCGGCCAGGGACAGGGAUGCGCUCGAGGCGGAGCUUAGCUUGAGGCACGAGGCCGAGCGGUCGAGAUUCCUGGAGGAGGCCGGCGAGCGUGACAGCGAAAUCGUAGAGGAGGUGAAGCGCAAGAUGGCGGAGGAAAUGGAACGGGAUCGGGAGUUGUACGCACAGCGGGCGGCGUUGGCGGAAGAGGGCCAGGAAAUCGCUCGCGAAGAAAGAAAUCAGCUCCAGGCGGAGAAGGAAAGCCUUCUACGGCAGCUUAAGGAGACCAUGGAGAUGGACGACGCCAGCCGCAGGAGGAUCAUCCUCAAGUUCAAAGCCAGGGAACACGCUAUGCGAAAGAACUUCGAGGCGGAGCUGAGGGAGGCAAGGGGUGAGGCGAGCACAAGCGGCGAGAUUUCCGAAGCUACGGCUGAAGAGGAGGCGUGCCUGCCCUCGCCCAACACCCUACCGGCCAAGCGACCACGAUCGACCAUCAAAUCGAAAUCGAAGAUGACCACUUCGUCGGCCUCUCCAAGCAUGACUGCUGCUCCCACCAUGGCUGCUGUCAAGUCUCCCGGCGGAGGAUUGGCCUAAACAAGAGCUGCCUCCACCCUCGCGAGGCUGACCUUGAGCCGCCGCCCUGCCCAAGUACAGCAGUAACGCCGUCGGGUGGUUGAAUGAUGACGACGAUGAUGAUGGGCAUCUCCUCAGAGUUUGGUAGCCAAAUAGGCACGGCAGAGUCCCUAGGAAUCAGCCGAUUAAGGCCAGGACGUGGCGCUUGCACCCGUGGGCCCCGCCCGCAAGCCUGAUAUGAUAUUAUAUGGUUUGAUCCAAGAUUACGAUAUGAUAUGAUAACCUUGCACACGGGAAAGCCGCGUUGGUGGGUGAAUGAGAGGGGUGCUCCUCUUGCCAUGUGGCGUUGGUGACCGCCAUGAAAUUCUGUCCGAUACUACGGUAGAUUUUUUAGUUCUCGGCAUGUAUCCGACAGAAGAAAAAGCUUCCGGUCGUGCAGGCAACGGGGGGGUUGGGUGGUAGGCUGCUCGCUACCAGCGUGGCUUUAGUAUAGUGGCUGGAGUCAGUCGUGCUGGGGAUUUACGGCUGUGACACGUGACCAUCCUCGUAUCGCGGUAUUAUCGUUGCUUGCACGUGGCCGGCGACAAGAGUAUUGGAUGUCAAGUUGCCUCGUACCAGGCGUUUAGCGUGAAGUUUAUUAUGACCAGAGGUGGAUUAUAAUAGUAGGUGUAACCCCGGUGUUGCGUCCAUCAGAUGUUGAUGUUUCGUGUGGUGCGAGUUGAUGUCUAAAGCAGGAGAC